AAAGCUCUGUCGAUCCAAUCAGCUAUCAACCACGUGGAGGGGGUGUGGCAGACUGAUUCCAAAAUAACAGUCUACUACUGUCUGUAUUCGGGAAACAGAAGGAAGGGGAGAGGAGAGGAGCCGAAUAGAGGGGAUCACUGGACACUGGCAGACAGCAGGCUGUGAUGAUGGAGUGGCUCAUUCAUGCUUGUCUUCUGGCACUGAUUCCAGUGUUCUCCACCAGUCAUGACUCCUGUAUCCCUAAGCCAAUCGUUGGAGAAGAUGCUGAAUUCUGCAGUGAGGACCUUCAGGUCAAAUACCCAGAAAUUGGCGAUGUUUCCUGCCUGCAUAUACCCGCCUGCAAUGGCUACAUCCAAAAGCUGGUCAACUCCUGGGACAUGCCAAAGAUUAAAUACACCGAGGCCAAAGGGGGUGCGUUGUACGUGGUGAUAAUUGCAGAUCCAGAUGCCCCAAGCAGAAGCAACCCACAACGCAAGUUUUGGAGACAUCUCCUAGUGGUUGAUGUACCGGGUGAGGAUCUUCAGACUGGAAAAAGUCUCUCAGGAAGAAUUUUAUCAGAGUACAGGCCUCCAACUCCUCCCAAAGGCACAGGUUAUCACAGAUACCAGCUCAUGGUCUACAGGCAGAAUCCAAGCACCACGCUUGAUCUGCUUCCUGAGGAGAAAUCUUUGGGUAACUGGGAUCCGGAUGCAUUUGCUAAACGCCACCAGUUAGUUGGCCCAGUGGUCACUACCCAGUUUAUGGCCCAGAAUCCAGAGGAUGAAGUACAGGAAAUAUAAGACUUGCACCGCCGUAUGGAUUCUGAGCCCUUUUCUUACUACCACCUGAUUAUUCCACACUGGAAACACUAGAGAGGCGAUGCCUAUAGUUUUACUUUAACCCCUUAACACUGCCUUCUGGUGGCCCUAUAAGUUAGGGUGACCAGACAUCCCUGAUUUCUGGGGACAGUCCCCGGAUUGAGUACACUGUCCCCGGUUUUGUCCCC